UGAUACCCGUUUAGACAAGAUGAGGUUUUGGCCGUUGCUUAUAUGUUGUGCCAUUUUGGCUUUCGCAGAUUCGUCCAAAGUCUCGUACGCCAAUUUUCAGCUGUUUGUGGUACGCCCAGAUACGCGUGAGAAGCUGGUAAAGUUGCAUGAUCUAACAGAAAAUGAGAAUUAUGAUUUUUGGGACCAACCGCGCUUGAACCGGGAUGCACGAGUGAUGGUUAGCCAUUAUGAUGAAAGUAGAUUUGAGAAGAUUUUAGAACAAAACGACAUUCACUAUGAUCUAGUCAUGGACAACGUUGAACAGAUUUUAGAUAAGCAGCGGAAAUCCAACAUCGAAUACCAUGAACGAACUAAGCGUGACUCCAACUCACGAUCUACCAUUGAAUUUGACCGUUACUGGACACUGGAUGAGAUUUAUGACUACAUUGAGGAAUUAGCUGCGGCCUAUCCUACGGUGAAGGUGUUUGAGAUUGGAACAACACAGGAAAAUAGACCCAUUAAAGCACUUUCCAUUUCAUCAAACGGAGACAUUUCAAUGGAGCGUCCUGUGGUGUUUAUGGACGCUGGGAUACAUGCGCGCGAAUGGGUCGGGGUGAUGUCGGUAGUUUACAUGAUUCAUGAAUUUGUCGAACAUUCGGAACUUUACAGCAGUCAACUUGACAACACCGAUUACUUUAUCAUUCCUGUUCUGAAUCCGGAUGGUUACGUCUAUACACAUGAGGUGAAUCGUCUGUGGAGGAAAAAUCGUACGCAAAAUAAUCUGCUUUGUGCAGGCGUUGAUUUAAAUCGUAACUUCCCUUUUGCAUGGAGAUUCACCAGUAAUGGAUGCACUAAUACUUAUGCAGGUGUGGGACCAGGAUCAGAAAUAGAAACUAAGGCGAUGAUGGAUCAAAUGGAGAAGUACAAGCCUGCAUUGGUAAUGUAUAUUGCAGUGCACACUUCUGGUGAGAUGAUUUUGUGGCCUUGGGGAUAUGAGAUGGACCAUUACUGUGAUAAUUGGGAAGAACAUGAUGAUCUUGGAAAGCAGGCAGCGGCCGCUAUUCGGGAAGUUGGUGGAAAUGAAUGGACAGUCGGAAAUGCUGCCGAUAUUCUGUAUAAGGCUUCCGGAGCAACUGACGACUAUGGGCUAUACCGCGGGGCUCGCUUGUCGUACACUAUUGAACUAACCGGCGGUGGAAUAGAGGGAUUCGAUUUACCUGAAGCUCAGUUACCAAAAGCCGUCACAGAUGCUAUGGAAAUCUAUAAGACAUUUGGAGCCUAUGUGGGAACGCUGGCUCUCCCCACGCCGUCGGAAGAAUGAAUAUUUUAAAAUGUUCGAU